ACGAUCCUCGAAUUCAAUGGGCCAACUGCUCUUCGCUCUUUCACAUCCCCGACCAAGCGAACUGCGGUAAAACCUUUCAACAGUCCCGGCCUACAAGAUCUUGAAAUCUAUGGUUACCAUCGUCUAGGCUCAUGCUGGGCAGUCUCGUCGGCAGCUGCGAUGUCUGACAGAAUUUGCAUUGCUAGCAAGGGUGCCAAACAGGUGCUGAUCUCUGCUCAAGACGCUGUGUCGUGCUGCACAUGGUGCGGUGACGGGUACGUUUUUUCUUGA